AUGGAUCCUGCUGCCGAGCUCUCGGAUGUGGAGGUUCCUGCCGGGCGCGUGCUCAGUGCCCGGGAGCUGCUCGCCGCCCGCGCGCGGCCCCAGAAGCUGCCCCAGCGCUCGCAUGGCCCCAAGGACUUCCUCCCCGACGGCUCGGAGGCCCAGGCCGAGCGGCUGCGCCAGUGCCGCGAGGAGCUUUGGCAGCUGCUGGCGGAGGAGCGCGUGGAGCGCCUGGGUAGCUUGGUAGCCGCCGAGUGGAGGCCAGAAGAAGGUUUCGUGGAGUUGAAGUCUCCUGCGGGUAAAUUCUGGCAGACCAUGGGUUUCUCAGAGCAGGGCCGGCAGCGGCUUCACCCAGAAGAGGCCUUGUAUCUGCUGGAGUGUGGCUCCAUCCAGCUCUUCCACCAAGACUUGCCGUUGUCCAUCCAGGAGGCCUACCAACUGCUGCUGACCGAGGACACUGUGACUUUCUCGCAGUACCAGGUUUUCAGCCACCUGAAGAGACUAGGUUAUGUAGUUCGACGAUUCCAGCCAAGCUCCAUCCUGUCCCCUUACGAGAGGCAGCUGAACCUGGAUGGCAGCGCCCAACUCCUGGAGGACCGGAACGGCAAGAGGAAGAGGCGGAGCUCCAGUUCUCGGUCCAUUCCCAAGAAGCCCAAGGCCCCAGAGAGCCCCCUGCAGGAGGUGAAUGGGACGCCCAAGCACCACACAACCUCCAGCCCACCUCCCUGCAGCCCAAACAGCCAAAGCUCAGAGGAGAAAGCCCAGCAGCCAAGCCCCAGAAAGGAAUCAGAACUUCUAGGGUCCCUGGAGCCUGGGCCUGGCCUGGCCAGCGAUGGGGUAGGGUGCAGCCAGGAGAGUGGCAAAGCAAAGAACGGGGUCCUAGGGGCUUGUAAACUGCGCUGGAACUUUGAGCAGAUCUCCUUCCCCAACAUGGCUUCGGAUAGCCGCCACACCCUCCUGCUUGCCCCAGCUCCAGAGCUGCUCCCAGCCAACGUCCCCGGGCGGGAGACAGAUGCUGAGUCCUGGUGCCAGAAGCUCAACCAGCGGAAGGAGAAGCUCUCACGGCGGGAGCAACAGGCAGGGGCCUGGCACUUCCGGGACGACGUCAACGCAGACCCCGAGGUGCAGCGCUGCUCUAGCUGGCGGGAGUACAAAGAGCUACUGCAGAGGCGGUACCUGCAGAAGACCCAGAGCCGCCCCCCACACCUCUGGGACCAGCCCGUCACCCCCCUGCUGAGCCCUGGCCAGGCGGACUCCCCAGCCGCGGUCCUCCGGCAUAUCUCAGUGCUGCAGACAACACACCUGGCUGAUGGAGGGGCACGUCUGCUGCAGAAGUCUGGGGGCUUGGAGAUCAGCUUCGACGUUUACCAGGCCAGUGCCGCGGCCACUUUCCGGAAGAAGAAUCCUGGCAAUCCCUAUGUUCGGAUGUGCAUCAGUGGAUUUGACGAGCCAGUCCCAGGCCUCUGCACCCUCAAGCGGCUGUCCUACCAGAGUGGGGAUGUCCCCUUGAUCUUUGCCCUUGUGGAUCACGGGGACAUCUCCUUCUACAGCUUCCGGGACUUCACACUGCCCACAGACCUGGAGCACUGA